ACGUUGUUUAUUGUAAUAAUAACUGUUACAUGUUUCUUGUUUUUACUCAAUUACAAAUUGACGAGGCUUUUAACGAACGUGAAUACAAGUGAAAUAAGCCCUUUCAUGACUCCCUUGUAUACGAACUCCAGCUGACCUUGAUAUUUGUUUCAACAUUGUUUUUAAACUUGCUUAUUCCAAUUUCAGCUCGAUAAACUUUGAGCAUGUUUUUUCUAGAAAAAAAUAAUUACAUUCAUACGAAAUAUUUUUUUUUAUUAAAUGUAUUCAGAAUAGUUAAUAAUUCUUACAAAGCAGCAUGUUAUGUUAAUUUACAGUUCGUGUCAGAGAUCAUAUAAUUAAAAUGUACUAGUGUACUAGAACGUCAUUUUGAUAAAUUGUCGUAGUGUUGUUCUGUUAGGUGUUGAUCAAGUUGUGGUUGUUUCUUAAUACACUAUUGGUACAAUUAUAUUGUAUCUUAAAAACUGCACCUAUUGUAUAUCCCUAAUCUAUUCACAUAAGUUGCGAGCAGAGGCAACUACAAUACAAUUUUGUGAGUCUAUGCGGUCAUGUCGCUUUCACUAUAUUUUAAGCUUAAUUGCAUUUUCUUGGAAUUUAUUUUUUAUGAUUUGAUUUUUAUAGUUAAUCAACUUAAACGUACCACUGACAGUGACAUUAUUUUUCGUACAUCACUAUAAUUACCGGAUUGAUCUGUUGUUAAAAAUAAUCGCAUAAUAAUUCGUUAAGCAUUAGUCUGACUCAGAACUGGUAUCGUGAACAUGUUAACAAUCAUUUUAUGGUUUAUAAUAUUCAUUUUUACUAUUAUUAUAUUAUGCAGUGCGUUGGGUAUUCUCAUUUACAAAUUUAUUUUUGAGACAAAAGCUGGGAUAUGCGUGUGCCAAACAAGGCUUGAUGGAAAAAUUGUAAUUGUCACCGGAGGCAAUUCAGGAAUUGGUUUUGAAACAGCGAAGGACCUGGCCAAACGUGGCGCAAAAGUUAUCAUUGCGGAUGUGCAAAAUUCUGAUAAAACCGUCGAUGAAAUAGUCAAAGUAACUGGCAACACUGAAGUAGAAUAUGCCAGAUUAGAUCUUGCUAGCUUCGCAAGUAUUAAAACAUUCACAGAGGAUAUUAAACGAAGAUACAACCACAUAGACAUAUUGGUGAACAAUGCUGGCAUUGGUUCUAUGAACAAACAUUUUACUGAUGAUGGUAUUAAUACAGUAAUGCAGAUAAACUACUUCGGGCCAUUUUUGCUAACAUUAAUGUUACUUGAUAAAUUAGCAGCUUCGAAAUCCAGCCGGAUUGUAAUAGUAGCUUCAGCAGCUCAUUAUUAUGCUAAAUUUGAUAUAAAUGACAUAAUAGGAGCUAAGGAAACCAGAUUUCCUGUUUUGUACGCGAACAGCAAACUCUGUAACGUUCUGUGGAUGAAAGCUUUAUCAAAAAGACUGCCUAAGAACGUAACUGCUAACUCUGUUCAUCCAGGAAUUGUGAAGACAAAAAUAUUUGACAAUUUCCUCUUGUCAAGUGUGAUACUUUUCGUGAUUGAUAUCUUUUUUAAAACGUCCGAGCAAGGCGCUCAAACCAGCAUACAUCUAUGUGCUUCAAACAAAUUGGAGGGAUCGUCUGGCAAUCAUUAUGCUGAUUGUAAAAUUAAAACUAUUUCACGGUACGCAAGGGAUGAAGAGUUAGUAGAAAAAGUUUGGACAACAACGACUGGUUUACUUCAAAAAUAUUUAUUGGAUUAACCGCAUAAUUUCGUAGAAACUUGUCAAUAUGCUAUGGUUACAAAUAAUUGAGUACAAACUGGGAGAGGUGAACAUAAAAACAAUUCAUAAUUAAAAUUAAUAA